GAAUCAAAACAACAACCACAAAGAAAGUCGUGGAGAAAAGAAAAACAAAAAAUGGACCUCAUCCAAAUUUUAAUCCUCUCUUCUCUCUUUCUCUUCAUCUCUACCAGAUUCUUGCUCACAAGAUCCAGCCGGAAACUAAAACUUCCACCAUCUCCGGCGAUAUCUUUACCGGUACUCGGCCACCUCCACUUAUUCAAGACACCACUCCACCGAUGGUUCCUUUCACUCUGCAAAUCCAUCGGAGAUGCUCCAAUCUUCCACCUACGCCUCGGAAAACGCCUUGUUUAUGUCACCACCUCACGUUCCGUAGCCGAAGAAUGUUUCACUGAUAACGACGUUGUUCUCGCCAACCGUCCCAAGUUCAUCGUGAGCAAAUACGUCGGCUACGACGCCACUCAUUUACUCUCGGCACCUUACGGCGAUCACUGGAGGAAUCUCCGCCGAAUCGCCGCCGUAGAGCUACUCUCGACUCAGAGACUUAAUUCGUUUUUGUAUAUCCGGAAGGACGAGAUCCGACGGCUCAUCUCACGUCUUUCUCAAGACUCCUUCCACGGAUUUGUGGAGGUGGAGAUGAAAUCAUUAUUAGGCAAUUUGGCAUCCAACAACAUCAUCAGAAUGGUGGCCGGGAAGCGAUACUACGGUGAAGAAAACGACGAAGCUAAGUUUGUGAGGCAACUUGUGGCCGAGGUGGUGAUCAGCUCCGGUGCAGGGAACCCAGCUGAUUAUCUUUCGGUUGUACGUCGGUUCACCAAUUAUGAAAAGCGAAUCAAGGACUUGGGGAAUAGAUUUGAUGCGUUUUUACAAAGAAUUGUCGACGAGAAACGUGCAGAUAAAGAAAAAGGUCAAACGAUGAUCGAUCGCUUGCUUUCCCUCCAAGCAAUCCAACCGGAUUACUAUACAGAUGACAUCAUCAAAGGACUCAUACUCAGUCUAACAAUUGGAGGGACAGAUACGACAGCGGUUACACUAGAAUGGGCGAUGUCAAAUCUGUUGAACUAUCCAGAAGUACUUAAAAAGGCCAGAAUCGAAAUAGAUGAAAAAAUCGGUUUCGACCGGUUAGUAGACGAACCGGACAUUGUGAACCUCCCUUAUCUCCAAAAGAUUGUGUCGGAAACACUACGUUUGUAUCCUGCAGUUCCGCUACUACUACCUCAUUUGUCGUCGAGUGAUUGUAGAGUGGCGGGGUACGAUAUGCCACGUGGUACGAUGGUGUUGACUAACGUGUGGGCUAUGCAGAGAGAUCCAAAGUUAUGGGAAGAUCCAGAGAUAUUCAAGCCCGAAAGAUUUGAAAAAGCAGGAGAGGCUGAUAAGCUAUUGCCAUUUGGGAUGGGACGGAGAGCUUGUCCUGGAGCUGGACUUGCUCAACGGUUAGUGAGCCUGGUUCUUGCAACUUUGGUUCAGUGUUUCGAGUGGGAAAGGGUUGGUGAUGAGCUUGUGGACAUGACCGAAGACAAAGGAGCCACAUUGCCUAAACUAGUGCCAUUGAGAACCAUGUGCAAAGCACGUCCUAUUGUUGGUAAACUAAUCUGAUUCUUGUCUUGUAAUAUGCACCUUUGUUGUUGUUUUGUUUUAAGAAAAUGUGUAUGUUUGAAUAACAACUUUUUAUUGUGAAUAUUUUUAACU